AUGUUGGCUUCAAGGUCGGUCCAGACCCUUCAUGACUGGGGGAACACUUCCUCGUCUUCAAUCUGGUAUGAGACCGACUGGAUUGAGAGAUUUGGCGAUUUGCACCCAGGGGAGCGUAUCUUGCAGAUCUCCUUCGGCAGCGGUUUCAAGUGCAACUCCGCCGUUUGGGUUGCCUUGCGCGUGGACAAAUCCAAGCAAGGACAACCGUUGAAAGCAGACGCAGCCGAACCUCUGGUGCCUUCGGCUGCAAAGACUUAA